CCCACCCAGGCCUGUGCGCCCUAGGGUUUCAUCCCCAGGGGCGUCCCCAGCCGAAUGAGCUGAGUCGCUCCAGGUACGUGGGCGGAGCGCGCUUCAUUUAAGGCGCACGCCACAGCUGGCAAUUGGCCGCGGAGGUACAGGCAAGGUCCGGGUCCAGGUCGGCGCCUGCCUCUGCAACUCCAACUUCGUCACCGUCGCCUCUCAGGAACUAGGACCUGUGACGCCGCCGCGGCCCCCCGCCACCGCCAGAUCGGGACUGCCUCUGUGCAUUACUGCCUGGAGUACCACUAAGGCAACGCGCGCGUCUUCAUCCCAGCCCGGCUCACCGCAGCACUCCCGCAUCCCGUGCCCUCAUAUCCAUCUACCAGCGGAUUGGACUACCAUCCACAGAAUGCGCCGGAAAACAUUAGAAAUUUAUUCUGUGGAGCUCAAUGGAACUAAAGAUGUCAAUCAGACAGACCAGGGAGAUGACAAGAAGUUCAAGGAGAUGAAGAACAAGGACUCAGAACCCAAUAAGGGUCGUGAGAAAGAGGAGCUUAAGAAAGAGCUUGAUCUGGGUCUCUCCAGCGUCAAAGCUACAGAACUCCUGGCUCGGGAUGGGCCCAAUGCCCUUACACCUCCCAAGCAAACUCCAGAGAUUAUCAAGUUCCUCAAGCAGAUGGUGGGGGGCUUCUCCAUCCUUCUGUGGAUAGGUGCCAUCUUGUGCUGGAUCGCAUAUGUGAUCCAGUAUGUCAGUGAUUCUGCAUCCCUUGACAGUGUCUAUUUGGGCGCCAUACUUAUCCUGGUUGUUAUUUUAACGGGGAUUUUUGCUUAUUAUCAAGAAGCCAAAAGCACCAACAUCAUGGCCAGCUUUAGUAAGAUGAUCCCCCAGCAAGCUCUUGUCAUCCGAGACUCAGAAAAGAAGAUCAUUCCUGCAGAGCAGCUGGUGGUGGGGGACAUAGUGGAGAUUAAAGGAGGAGACCAGAUCCCUGCAGACAUCAGACUAGUGUUUUCCCAAGGAUGCAAAGUAGAUAAUUCCUCUCUCACUGGGGAAUCUGAGCCCCAGGCUCGUUCAACUGAGUUUACCCAUGAAAAUCCCUUGGAAACAAAGAACAUAGGCUUCUAUUCCACAACGUGCCUGGAAGGCACGGCAACUGGCAUUGUCAUCAACACAGGCGACCGCACCAUCAUCGGUCGCAUAGCCUCCUUGGCUUCCGGUGUUGGGAGUGAGAAGACACCCAUUGCCAUCGAGAUCGAGCACUUCGUCCAUAUCGUGGCAGGGGUGGCUGUGUCCAUUGGCGUCAUUUUCUUCAUCAUCGCCGUGUGCAUGAAGUACUAUGUCCUUGAUGCCAUCAUCUUCCUCAUCAGCAUCAUUGUGGCCAAUGUACCUGAGGGCCUCCUGGCCACUGUCACCGUCACCCUGUCACUGACAGCAAAGAGAAUGGCUAAGAAGAACUGCCUGGUAAAGAACCUGGAGGCAGUGGAGACCCUCGGCUCCACCUCCAUCAUCUGUUCAGACAAGACGGGGACCCUGACCCAGAACAGAAUGACUGUGGCUCAUUUGUGGUUUGACAAUCAGAUCUUUGUGGCAGAUACAAGCGAGAACCAAACAAAACAAGCCUUUGACCAAAGUUCUGGGACCUGGGCUUCUUUGUCCAAAAUAAUAACACUGUGUAACCGAGCGGAGUUCAGGCCAGGCCAGGAAAGUGUCCCCAUCAUGAAGAGAACUGUGGUCGGAGAUGCCUCUGAAACUGCUCUUCUAAAGUUCUCAGAGGUUGUUUUGGGUGACGUGAUGGAAAUUAGAAAAAGGAACCACAAAGUAGCCGAAAUUCCCUUUAAUUCUACCAACAAAUUUCAGCUCUCCAUACAUGAGACAGAGGACCCUAACGACAAGCGCUUCCUCAUGGUGAUGAAGGGAGCCCCGGAGAGGAUCUUAGAGAAGUGCAGCACCAUCAUGAUCAAUGGCAAGGAGCAGCCACUGGACAAGAGCUCUGCCGACGCAUUCCACACAGCCUACAUGGAACUGGGAGGCCUGGGCGAGCGUGUGUUGGGUUUCUGCCACCUCUACCUGCCAGCAGAUAAGUUUCCCCAAACCUACCCAUUUGAUGUAGACACCAUAAACUUUCCCACUUCCGACCUCUGCUUUGUGGGGCUUCUGUCCCUGAUCGAUCCCCCUCGGUCCACUGUCCCAGAUGCAGUCAGCAAGUGUCGGAGUGCAGGGAUCAAGGUUAUUAUGGUUACAGGUGAUCAUCCUAUCACAGCCAAAGCCAUUGCCAAGAGCGUAGGAAUCAUAUCAGCCAACAAUGAGACAGUGGAAGACAUCGCAAAACGCCGCGGUAUUGCUGUGGAGCAAGUCAACAAAAGAGAAGCAAAAGCCGCUGUGGUGACAGGCAUGGAACUGAAGGACAUGACCCCAGAACAACUGGAUGACCUUUUAACCAACUACCAAGAAAUCGUAUUCGCCCGGACAUCACCCCAGCAGAAGCUGAUCAUCGUGGAGGGCUGUCAGAGGCAGGAUGCGGUUGUAGCUGUGACAGGUGACGGUGUGAAUGACUCUCCAGCUCUCAAGAAGGCAGACAUCGGGAUUGCUAUGGGCAUAGCAGGUUCUGACGCCGCUAAAAAUGCAGCGGACAUGGUCUUGCUAGACGACAACUUUGCGUCUAUAGUCACAGGGGUGGAGGAAGGUCGCCUGAUCUUUGACAACCUGAAGAAAACCAUCGCCUAUACCCUGACCAAGAACAUCGCUGAGCUCUGCCCCUUUUUGAUCUACAUCGUUGCUGGGCUUCCCCUGCCCAUUGGCACCAUUACAAUCCUAUUCAUCGACCUGGGCACAGACAUUAUUCCCUCCAUUGCCUUGGCCUAUGAAAAAGCUGAAAGUGACAUCAUGAAUAGGAAACCUCGCCACAAGAAGAAAGACAGAUUGGUGAACCAGCAGCUUGCUAUCUACUCUUACCUGCACAUUGGUCUCAUGCAAGCCCUGGGCGCUUUCCUCGUCUAUUUCACUGUCUAUGCACAGCAGGGCUUUUGGCCCACCUCUCUCAUCAACCUGAGGGUAGCAUGGGAAACAGAUGAUAUAAAUGACUUGGAAGAUAGCUACGGGCAGGAAUGGACAAGGUAUCAGAGAAAAUACCUAGAAUACACAGGUUAUACGGCUUUCUUUGUUGCCAUCAUGAUCCAACAAAUUGCAGAUCUGAUCAUCAGAAAAACCCGGAGGAAUUCUAUCUUCCAGCAGGGGCUCUUCAGAAAUAAAGUCAUCUGGGUGGGGAUCGCCUCGCAGAUCAUUGUGGCACUGAUCCUGUCCUACGGUCUCGGGAGUGUCACAGCCCUGAGUUUCACCAUGCUCAGGGCUCAGUACUGGUUCGUGGCUGUGCCGCAUGCCAUUUUGAUUUGGGUGUAUGACGAGAUGCGAAAACUCUUCAUCAGGCUCUACCCUGGAAGCUGGUGGGAUAAGAACAUGUAUUAUUGAGAUCAUGUCGCUCACAGAUCUCCCAGAGGCAAGUCGGAGAUGUUUUUCUUCAUGUCUGGCUACUCCCUAGGAGGCUUCUGCACAAUGUGAAUGCUGUCAAAUCCCAUACAAGAGGGACUUUCCUACAGAAAACUGUAUGAAGCAUACAUUAUGUUUUGUAUUUUAAAGCCGAGAUUUAACUGUUUAUAUAGAAUUUUUGUCUCUAUGUCUGCCUUCUUAUUUUAAAUUAUGUGAAAUUCAGAUAGCAGCACAGGGAAGAACGUAUUUAUAUGUAUAUAAGACUCACUGUGUUAAAUAACUUUGUCAAGGUGUGUGCUGGAUCUGCCUUAGGCUAGGAUAUGAUUCCUCAAGUCUCACUUUCUUGUCUUUCUUUUUUGUUGUUGUUGUUGUUUGAGACAGGGUUUCUCUGUGUAGCCCUGGUUAUCCUGGAACUCACUAUCUAGACCAGGCUGGUCUCGAACUCAGAGAUCCACCUGCCUCUGCCUCCUGAGUGCUGGGAUUAAAGGCGUGCGCCACCACCACUUUUCUUAGGCCUCACUUUCUUAACCUCAUAGAGGCCUAACAAACCCUCCUAAAUCUACCCAACACACUUUUUGCUAACUGGAAUUUAAAAUCAGCGGAGGGUACCUGUGACUUAAAUAGUGAUAUUUAUUUCUGGUAAAACAUUGCCAUGCACUCGCCAGUGAUCAUUUUAUGUCAGUCGUGUUUUUGUGUUGUAACUGUCAGGUGUGUUUAUGUGUGAGGUGUAUAACUAUGUUGACAGACCCAGUGGUACCUUGUUUUUAAGUAAAAGACAUUUUAU